AUGCGGUUUAUGCCAAUACGUAAGCCAACGCCGAGCCCUCUCUCCAUCAGCAUCCAGAAAGCGGGGAGCUGUGAGAAGGCGCGGACUGCGCAGGGCCGCGGGCGGUACUUUCUGCGCUUGGCUCUGCAGGGGAAGGUGCUGGCGGCGGCCGUGCGGCAGCUGGCGCAGACCCCCCGGCUCCUGGAGUUUUAUGAUCCGGUGAACUCCAUCCUUGGCAAUGAAGACCUCCUGGGUAAGGCGGUGGCUCCUCCGAGGUGGGAUGUGACCUGCCCCAGGGCGGCUGUCGCAGGCCUUAUGAAUUGCAGCUUCUUGGACGAAAGCUGGCUGCUGCCGGUGUGCAUCACUUAUGAGACGGUCCCAUGCCGAGCGCUGGGGAUGGUGCUCAGGUAUGUGGAUGGCCGAGUCUUUGUCACCGAGGUGCUCCCUGAGAGCCAGGCGGAGGUGGAUGAGCGGCGCCUGCUGCGGUGGCAGUGGCACGACGGGGGGGUCUACGAGCCGCUGCUGCCCUACCUGAAGGUCCUGAAGGAGAAGGAGCCCCACUUCCAGCUCCAGCGUGGCCCCCAGUGCAGGGGCGAGGUGGAGCCACAGCAGCUGCAGGGGGGCAGGCUGCUCUACAACCUGCAGUACCUGGGCCGGACAGGCGUUGGGAAGUACGGUGGCAAAGAGGUGCUGGGCCAGGCCAUCCCUGCCGUGCUGGAGAAGCACUCGGCUGCACGGGAGGUUUUAUUUGACGUGAAGGAAGCAGAAGUCUUUGUACAGGAGAAGACGUCUUCCAAACUCCUGUGCCGCUGCCCCUACCCCACCAUCUCCUGCGUGGGACGCUGCGUGGACAGCAGCAAUUUAUUUGCCUUCUGCGUGGCUGCUUCCCCGGAGAGCCCUGACGGGAGCACAUUCGACUGCCUGGUGUUUGCAGCGAGUUCUGAGCAAGAAAGCGAGGAAAUAAUCAGGCGAAUUGCUGCAGGAUUUAAGCACACGGAGUGGUUUGUCUGACGAGGGACAGUUCCAGUCCCGAGCUCCCCUGGGUGCCGCAGCCCCCCUGGCAGCACCGCAACCACACAGGCCACGAUGGUUUUCAAACUGCUGCCAGGCUGUGGAAGGAAGCGCUGUGAA